CAAACGGAACAACCUUUGGAAUUGUGUAUGAUAAAAAAGAUAUACUUGGUCCGUCCCUGAGUGUUUGUCCACAUUUGACUUUAGGAACUGUUCAUCUAAGCACUUUGACUCAUCAAAUUCUCUCAAUGUGUAAGUCUAAAAAUAGUCAUGUGUGAUCUUGUUUGAUUCGUCUUAACAUAUAGAUUAUUAAUAUAUAAUUUUUAUAAUUUUUUAAUAUAAAAAUUACAAGAUAAAAUGGAUUAAAGAAGUGCAUUGGAUGCUCGUAUCAACAACUUCACACUAUAAAUAGCUUAGCUUGAAGUAGUGGCAAUUGAUUAAUCAAAGCCACCACGUAGCAAUGAUGGGAGAACCAAGUGGAGACGACCCGCCGUUCAUGGAGAAAUACAAGACCCUCUUAGACGACCAAGAGGCGAUGGUGGGCCAGGCGGCGGCGGAGGAGGAGCGGGAGCUGCCGCUGAUAGACCUCGGCGAGCUGGACAGCGCGGAGGAGGCGGCCCGGGAGGAGUGCAGGAGGAAGAUAGCGGAGGCUUCCCGGGAGUGGGGCUUCUUCCAGGUGUUCAACCACGGGAUCUCGCCGGAGAUUCUGGCUGAAAUGACGGCGGAACAGGUGAAGCUCUUCCGCAAGCCCUUCAGCCAGAGGACGAAGGACAUGGAGUUCAACUUCUCCGCCGGCAGUUACCGGUGGGGGACUCCAUCCGCCACCAACAUCCGGCAGCUCUCCUGGUCUGAGGCUUUUCACGUCCAGCUGAGCGAUGUCUCCGCCCCCACCGCUUGCCAAACCCAUCUUAGCUCAACAAUGACGAAAUUCGCUGAAGGGAUGAGAGAAUUAGCAGAGAAAUUGUGCAAAAUUUUGGGUGAAGAAUUGGGAGAAAAGUCAAACUACUUUGAACAAAAGUGUUGGUCAAAGAGUAGCUAUGUGAGAAUGAACCGGUACCCGCCAUGCGGCCCAAAUCACGUGUUUGGGCUAAUGCCCCACACCGACACUGAUUUCCUCACUAUAUUACAUCAGGAUCAAAUUGGUGGGCUGCAUCUGGUCAAAGAUGACAAAUGGAUCUCUGUUAAGCCCAACCCAAAUACACUCGUCAUUAACAUCGGAGAUAUCUUUCAGGCAUGGAGCAAUGGGAUUUACAAAAGUGUUGAGCACCGGGUUUUUCCCAACCAAACCAAAGAGAGAUUUUCGACAGCCUUCUUCUUUUGCCCAUCGGACGAUACGUUAAUCAACAGUUAUUCUCAGCCUCCUAUUUAUAAACCAUUUACAUUUGGAGAAUACAAACGGCAAGUGCAAGAGGACGUCAAGAACUUGGGCCAAAAACUUGGCCUUCUUAGGUUUCUUAUUUCCCCUCCCUAAAUUACUUGUACUCAGUGUUUUAUAUUUUAUCAUCGUCGUCGUUGUUGUUGUCGUUCAUAACAUACCAAUUAUGGUUUGCCAACGACACCUUCAGAGUUUCUCACGACACUAUAAUGAAGCUAAUAUAUAUAAUAUCAUAAGAGCAAGUACCUCAUCUUCAAACAAGAUGCUUAUCUUUGACAGAAUGACAGGUGAUCCACGAUCCCUUCUAUGGUGUUCAGACAUCUCUUCAGGUUUGACAGUAGCAAAUAUCGGUAAGUGCAUCUUGGUGACCAUGAGAAGAUCCUUCAUCUUGCUCCUCCAAAUACGGGGAAUAUAAUAAAACUAGAAGGUACAAACAGAGAACAAAGUAAGACACCAAAG